AUGGUAGCCUCUAUCCUCCGCCGUUUCAUCCCCGCGCGAGUCGCAAACACAGGCUCCCAGCAGCGCGACCAUCAUGCUAACGAGCGCACCUUCCUUUCAUGGACGCGCGCUGGCCUCGGCUUCGCAGCCAUGGCACUGGCCUUAGACCGACUAGAUGCUAUUGACCGGGUGCUUUGCUCGAAGUUCGGCCUUGGGCCUCAUGCGCCGCCCAUUGCCGCGCAGCUGGAAGAGAUGGCUGUGAAUCAGAAGAAUCAGAGCCAGGUUUCCACUCAAAUUCCAAAUCAGGGUCCGGACGCUCGCUCUGCAAUUCCUGCUCAAGGGCAUAUGUCCGGUCAUUCUCUUGUUUCGUCAGCGAGACUUUGUCAGGUACUGGGGGUGUGGUGUUUGGGUUAUGGAUUCUUUCGGUACUGGUCUAUGAGGCGGUAUCUUCUCGUGGGAAAAUUUGUUCCUGCAUUUUGGGGGCCGGUAUUCAUGACCUGUGGAAGCUUUGGCGCAUUUAUGGCUUUGGGGUUGCAGGUGGAUCGGAGGGCAUUUCUCGUGAAUAUAUGA